UUUGUGUGUGUGUGUGAGUGUGUGAGUGUGUGAGUGUGUGUGAGUGUGCGAGUCUGCGAGUCUGCGAGUGAGCGGCGGGCGGGCGGGCGCGAGUGUGGCCGCCGCGGAGCGCGAGCAGGACCCGGCGGCGCGCUCGCAGCCUCUCUCCCCGCCAGAACCAUGUCGGGCAGGUCGGUUCGAGCCGAGACCAGGAGCCGGGCCAAAGAUGAUAUCAAGAGGGUCAUGGCGGCUAUCGAGAAAGUGCGCAAAUGGGAGAAGAAGUGGGUGACCGUGGGCGACACAUCCCUGCGAAUCUACAAGUGGGUCCCUGUGACGGAGCCAAAGGUUGACGAUAAAAACAAGAACAAGAAGAAGGGCAAAGACGAGAAGUGUGGCUCGGAGGUGACCACGCCGGAGAACAGCUCCUCCCCCGGGAUGAUGGACAUGCACGACGAUAACAGCAACCAGAGCUCCAUAGCAGACGCCUCCCCCAUCAAACAGGAGAACAGCAGCAACUCCAGCCCUGCGCCGGAGCCCAACUCCUCCGUGUCCUGUGAUGGUGCCAACACCAAGGCCGACGAGGCCCAGGCCGACGGGAAGGAGCUCCCUGGGGCCGAAGAUGCUUCUGAUGAGCAGAACUCACAGUCUUCAGUGGAAAACUCGAACAGUUCAGAGAAAGUCGAGCGGCAGCCAUCUGGAGACGCGGGCCUCGCUGCAGAGACACCCUCAAUCUCUCAGGAUUUGGAAGGAGGGCCACCCUCUAAAAAGAUGAAACUGGAGGCUUCACAACAAAACUCCGAAGAGAUAUAGACGCUCGAUUCCGACUCCGGUCCACGUUUCCCGGGAGAUCCCUCAGCAGGCUAAAUUCUCUGACUUCCCCGAGGGAGCCCUCGGGUGGAACUACUAACUUUCCAAGUUUACCAAGUGCAAAUCCAAGAAAACCUGGAACAGCGUGACUUCUCAGACACUGAAGAACUUUCUGCUGUGAAGGAAAACACUCGAAUCUUGAAGUGACUGUCCUUGCGGAGGCGGGUUGACAGCUCAGGAGUGUCAGACACUGUCUCUGAAGCCAAGAUUACGUUUGCGUUGCUGCUGUAUUGUUUCCCCCCACUUCUCUCUCUAAGGAUAUAAGCUAUUUGAGGGUGGCACCCAUCAGGAAUUCGAGUUUCGUCGGGGCUUUUCACCGUUCCACCGAUUCCUCCCGCUUUCUUUUUUUGUGCCUUGUGCCCUUGAGGUGACCUCUGGCAUGUUUUCCCGGUUGUUUUGCAUCUCCCUUGGCAAAGUGCCCUCUCGGUUUUGUUGAGGCUGCCACUGCCCCGGCCCUCACAUCUCACUCCUCCCUGCCCCAGGACGUCAGUGGGAACAGAGCAGGCAGGAAGGGAGGAGGAGAGCCCGAGGCUGCAGAAGAGUAGGACCUUCUCGGCCACCUGCCCAGCCUCCACGGUCCAAGGAGUCAAGGCACUGUCCCCAAGCGCUGGCCACUUGACAUGCUCACUUCCUCAUGGCGUCUGAACCUGGUGUUUCCAAGUGGCCCAAAUGGACAUGAAGAGCCCUUCGAUUGUUCUGGCGCUUCCACCCUCUGCCCGUCACACCGCGUCUCCCACACCCCGAAGAUGGGACGGCUUCUGUGGCUGACGGCAGGGUUAUCUGAAGGCUCUGAAAGGGCUGAGGAGGCUGGGAGCAGAUGGCAGGAGUAGCUGGUGCUGAACUUCCUCUUAUAGGACAGGACUGUUUGGAUUUCAAAUCCAUAGACGCCUGCUGCUCUCUGCCUCCCCAGGUCCCCCAGCCCCACCCGGGGAGGUGGGGGUGUCAAGAUGCAGUCCAGGAAAUCCACUUGCUUCUGUAGCAUGUUCCUGACACCACAGAGCCAACGGCUGGAUCCUGUCUCAUUCCCAGGAUACCCUGUCGUCAGUCCCCCAAGGGAGUGGGCCUUGAUGGUUCGGCCUUGACGGCCAGAAAGGAGGCGCCAGUGAGCUGGAAGGCUGUGCACUCCAUCCCUGCCUGCCCGGGGCAGCCUCCUCCCACUACAGUGGAGCUGCCCCCUUGGACCAACUGCCUAAGUGUUGGGUUUUGAGGCCUGGUUGCUCUUAGUUCCUUGUGUGGACUCCUCAGACGGUAACCCUUUUCCUGAAUUUUCUUUACUGCACUGGAGUUCCAACUCCCUUUGAGCUGUGUGUGGUGGGGGGAGGGUUGCGGGAUUCCGUUGGUUGUUUUCUGUUUUCCUUUCGUUUUGUUUUUGCGAAUCGGUGCAUAUUCAGGUACCACCUUUGACGUGGGCAUCUCUCUCCUGACCACCAUGGGAAGUCUCUGCCAGGUUCCGCUUUCUAAGAGUUUCUGAGGGUGAGGCCUCUUAACUUUAACUUUUAAGGGAGCCGAUCUAUUUCCUGCACUUCAAGAAGAAUCAAAAUGUUCCUGAAUUUCAAAUACCUCAUGCAACAACGUCUCCUGAAAUAAGGGAAGAACAGACAAACUUGGGAAAUCUCGACGUUGAAGUGAGCGAUGGCCGAAAGGUUUCUGUCUUAAACGAUAAAAAAAAAAUAACAAUCUUGAUCAGUCGCGCCCCUGGGCAGUCCGUUCAGCGGACACCCGGGCCCCGCGUCACCUCUCGGAGACUCGCGAGGCGGCUUUACCUCCGGAUCCUGUCGCGUUUGAGUCACCUUUUUCUUUGCAGCGAAACUCCAUGUGGAUGGAAGAGGAAUUUGGAUGAUGAUUUCCUGCUCUUUGGGAAGCGAGAGGUGACACCCCAGACAGCUGGAGGAGAGGCACACACACUUGCACUCACGUCCACGGAGACAGCAAGCGGGCCAGGGUCCCCUGCGCCCCUUCUGUUGGCCUCUCCCGACGGGCACGGGGAGUGGACAGGGUGGGGAGUGACAGGAGGAGGACCACACCAUCCACGACACGAGGCUCUCGUCAGCUUUUCUCUGAAGUGCCUGUAAGGAGAGGGGCCGGUGUCCCGCCCGCGGCCGCAGUGGCCGCACUCAGCUGGCCGGGAAGGCCCCGGGCCACGGAGACUGCAGAAA